GCGUUUAGGUGCCCGUGGUUAAUUGCACUGUCACGUGUGAAUCAUUUGAAUAUUGAUGGCGCAGAAGCGUGUCAAACAGACGCAUCCGUGCGGUGACAUACGGAUGCCCGUGUGGCCACACUGAUUAUUGUCAGAUAUGGACGCGCACAGAAACGCAGCCUGAACCGUGGGAGUCAUGAACCACUGCGAGGUGACGCGUCCUCUGAUUUCAACAGAAACUUCCACCUAGACACGCCGAUGUCGCUCCUCGGCGCCUGAGCCCCGUUCCGACCACCACGUCCCCCUAUCAACGACGCGAUCGGGACCCUUUUGGCGCAGUGAGACCGCGGCGGCUGCGGCCACUCCGGGGAAUGUCGGCUGGCUGCUGUCAGUCCUGACAUCGGCCUCUUCUGAUCUCCAUAUGGGGCUCGUCUGCGGCAGAAAUGGCCGUGAAGCUGGCAUUGGCUGGAGAUAAGCCUAUCUGUCGGUAAUCGCCCCCUCGAAGGUCAGCGUCUCACCAUAUGAUUCGUCUGCCCGCCUCCCAGUUUGUUACACAAAGCAAAGUGAGUCACACUUGGUCAACAGGAGCCGCCUGUCAGUUAAUGAGUGACCAAGUCCUCCGGCGCCAAACAAGUCGCCUCUGUGUGUGCCGGUUAAUGACUGACCGCGUCUGUUUACCUGCCCAGGUGUGGGGGUCCGCAGUGGAGCAGCGUGGCUGAGGGUCAGCUGGUCGUCUUGCUGAGAAGAGGCUUCUCAGCGAUGUGAGCUCCACCACCAGGCUGCACUUCUCCACACAGAAACCCGCCUCCAUUCAAAUGCACACGGACAACACACUGGCCAGUCAUGGCAAGCAGGUCAGCAGCGACAGCCAGGCCCAGAUGCCCGGCGCCACCCAGCAGCCUCAGCUGCAGGGGAGCGCCGCCAACGCACACCUGGGCUCAAAGGGAGGAGCCAAGGCCACCCAGAUGUCCCACAACAGCUCCGGGCUGAAGGCCAGUGGCCAAUCGGUGGGCGGCGGUGGGGGCGGCGGCGUUGCAGGGAUGCUGAAGCUCAAAUCCAAGCGGAGCGCCUCCAUUGACUGCGGUGAAUCGAGGAGCGCCGCCCCUUCGGUCCUGGAGGCAGACGCCAAAGGAGAGGGGGUUCAGCGCAGCAAACGCCGCUGCGUUCUGGCAAAGAAACAGCCGUACAGCGGCGAUGAAUGGUGCUCUGGACCGGAGACGGACGACGAGGACAAGCCGCACGCCGCAGCCCAGCGUGAACGAGGACUCGCGGCUUCCAUCCAGGGUCUGUCGGAGCGCCUCUCUGUCGGAAACGGAUCCGAACCCACCGGUCUGCUGGUGGGGUGUGGGGCGGGCUCAGGGUUGAAGGCGGAGCCUCCCCAGCCUUCACAGCAAAUGCUCUACGUGUUCUCCACCAGCCUGGCCAACAGUGCUGCAGAGGCAGUGAUGAAGGGACAGGCUGAAUCCAUCCUUCACUUUCACCAGCAAAGCUCCCCACACUCUAAGCUGGAGCAGGGCCAAACUCCAGGAAAGCCUUCUAGCCUGUUGGAAAAGAUGAACACUAGCACUUCUCCGCGCACCGGAACCCCAAAAUCCCAAAGUGGAACUCCACGUCCAGCUUCUGCUGGAGUCGUAGCUCCUUCUGCCGGGACACCCCUGUCGGCAGGACACUCUGAUACUGAAGGCAGACCAGGCACCGCCCCACACAGCAGCAUAGCUUCCCACAGGUCCGACGGGGGGAAUAAGGUUACACCUGCAGGCCCUGAACCUGGAAAUCGAGAUGGCUCUGGAAGCAUCCCAUCUGGAAGUCCUUCCAUCCUGUCUGCACACCUACAGGGGGAUGCAGUCCAGAUGAGCGGCGGUGGUCUUUCCAAGGAGCAGCUCGAGCACAGGGAGCGAUCUUUGCAGACUCUGAGGGACAUUGAGCGGCUGUUCCUCCGCAGUGGGACGGCCGGAGGUCCUGGAGAUGCAGGAGGCCCCAACCAUAAUACUCCUAGUAACUCUUGCAACCUGAAUAAUAAUGGUGGUUGUGAUCGGAGCGGCGUUGAGGACUCUGGUAACGGUACGAACAAUAAUUGCACUAGCAUGUCUUCAGCUCUGGUUUCAGCCGAAGGCCUGAAAAAAUACGAGGAACCUCUUCAGUCCAUCAUUUCUCAAACCCAGUCUCUUGGUGGUCCUGCCCUUGACAGCCCUCAGAUGGACCCCCAACACCAGAUGUCUUCACCUGGAGAUGACAUGAGCCCCUUGCCAGGACCAGAGGGGCUCACGCGAGAACAGAUGGCCUGGAGGAAACUUCAAGAAGAAUACUACCAGGAAAAAAGACGGCAACAGGAAAUGCAUUCUGGGCCACAUCCACAGCACUUUAGAAUGAGUGAGGUGGGCGUGCACGGGGAGCUAGUGAUGAUGAGAGGGCCCCCUCCUCCCUAUCACAGCAAGUCUGGAGAUCAGCAAUGGGGUCCCGCCAGUAUGAUGGCAGGAGGAAUGGGUGGAAACGGAAGAAUGUUGGACAUUCACCAAGAAGGACCCCGUGGCCCACGGUUUCCUGGACAGAUGCAGAGAGGGGGAGGGAGCUUUCCUGGUAGUCCAGGUGCGGUUUUACCCAUGGAGGGUCUUGGGCCUCAAAGGUCCGCUCGGCAGGGGAUGAUUUGGCUGGACGAUAUGCCCAACAACAUUGGUGGUGGGAACUUCCACGGUGGCUACCCGGGUGGGCCUCCACAACAUUUGCAGAGCGAUCCAGAACUGCUGACCCGGGAGGAAAUGUUUCGCAUCAUGGAGAAGCGGCACAUGCAGGGUCUCCCCAGGUAUGAACUUGAAAGACUAGCUAAACACCAGCAGCAAGGAAACCUGGGACCAAGAAUGUUGGAAAACCUCGCUGGCCCAGACUUUCCUAAUUUAGGAAUGGGUCGGGGUCCACUGACCAAUCGAGGGGAUCCUAUGGACUUUCCCGGUCCAAGGGAGAUGAUAGAUUCUUCUGGGGGUGGUCCUCAGAUGAGGGACUUGGUGAAUUCUCCACUAGGGUGUAACAUCUCAAUGAGCAUGAAUCCUCAAAUGAAUAUUCAGCAGCAGCAGCAGAUGAUGCUUUUGCAGAGGCUAAGAGGAAAUCAUCCAGGCGGAGGAUUUUUGAGCGAAAUGUUUGGCGCCGGAGAGAUUUCACGAAUCAACGCCUCACAAAAUGGAAGAGUGUCAGAUAAGGGAAUGGUCCCUGGAUCCUUCCAGUUUCCUAAUCAAGCUCCCUUCCCUGGAGAACAGUUGGACCGACGGUAUCUUCAGCAACCGGGCGCUGACAUGUUUGGACCAGACAACCUAGAUCCAAAUCAGAUGGGAGGCACAUCGCGGUUGAGCCACAUGCCGCUGACCGGGGGACUUAGAGGCGCAGACCUCAGCUCGAGGCACACCUCGGACGUACAGGCGGAUCUAAACCCCCUGACCUCUCCCUCUGUGCCUCCUCAUCCACUCAAGUCCCCAUCUUUCAACCAAGAGCCAUCGCCUCUUCUGCCCUCCCCUUCCGCUCCAGCACUGAAGUCACCUAUCACUUCUGCAGGCCAUCGCCAUGCCCCUCCCUCUGCAUCAGGCGCCGGGACCCCCUGCUCUUCCUCAAUGAAAUCUCCUCAAAUAUUGGGGUCUUCCAGCCUUGGUUUGCACUCUCCCUCAGCCUCACCUGGACGACUCAAAUCUCCAGCCAUGGCUCUGGCAUCUCCAGGGUGGGCUUCUCCCAAAACAACUCUUCCAAGUCCUGGAGGCCCAACAGGUGGGAAGGCACUGGGCAAUGGAGGGAGCACUUCAACGGAAGCAGGUCAACCACUUCCCCCGCGCAGUUCAAACUCCACCCCUGUUAGCCAACCAGGCUCCAUGAAUCCCAACAUACCGUUUACCUCCUCCCCUGAUGCCACAGCGGCCCAGAAUCCUUUGUCCCUGAUCAUGUCUCAGAUGUCCAAGUACGCAGUGCCCAGUUCUACUCCCCUCUACCACGAUGCAAUUAAGACCAUCGCCACCUCUGAUGAUGAGAUGCUCCCAGAUCGGCCCCUCCUCUCUGGCGUCAGCAUUGGAGGAAACAUGGGGAACGCUCGCAUGUCACAGGGACUCGGACCUCACAGUAACCCUCAGAGCCCCAUGGGCUUGAUCAACCAAGGCCAGCUCUCCCAUGAUGGCUCAGGAGCUGUGCCUUCCCCCCAAAACCAAAUGGCCAUGCCGGCCAUGAACACUGUAAUCAUGAGGAGUGGGGGGCAUGCUGAAAUGGGGCCAAACAACUCAUCCUCGUUGUCUCAGACCCAGAUGGCAGGUUUUCCCCGCAUGCAGCCACCGCCGCCGCACAGCUCCAUGCACUCACCGAUAAGAGGAAUGUUGCAAGGGUUCUCUCAGUCCAACGAAGACACUCAGGCUCAUCAGCAGCUACAGCUGCUGAGCAAAGGCCCCCCACCUCAGCGCCCCUUUCACCGCUCAGACUCCUUUGCCUCUCUUCCCAUGAGUGACGGUCCUGACCUGAGCGAGGUCAUUCGGCCCACCCACACAGGGAUCCCCGAGUUUGAUUUGUCCCGGAUCAUUCCUGCCGAUAAACCCAGCAGCACCCUUCAGUAUUUCCCCAAGAAUGAACCACAUCAGGGGGCCCCGCCCCAGCAACACGUUCCCCAACAGCUUCUCAAGCAGAUGCCUUCGUCUGGCCUUCAUCACGGCAGCAGCCCUUCAUCCAACCCCCACCUGGCAAGCCUGCAGAACAUGGCUGAGCAGCAGCUGCCACCCCACCCCUCGCCCGGGGGAGUACGCCAAAACAUGGGCAUCUCUCCAGGGGUCUCCAGGGGGAUGGGCCCCAUGUGCCCGCCAGGACAUAUGAUGGGAAGGACAGGCAUGAUGCCUCAGCCACAAAUGCAGCAACACCAAGCCAUGAUGCCCAACAGCCUUCUGCCUCACCCUCCCAGUCAGUACGCUGGCAUGAUGGCCCCCAGCCCCCAUAACAUGAUGACACAACAAAACCUUAUGAUGAUGCAAGCAAAACAGCGAGCAAUGCCAAUGCCGGGGGAGCCCUUCGGACACCAGGGGCCCGUGAUGGCCCCGCCCCACCCCCAGGCCGGCAUGAUGCUCCCACAGUCUCUCAGACAGCGGGGAAUGUCUCUGGAUAGUCCUGUGGGCUACGGCUCUGGAGGAAUGGCCAACAUGCCGUUCUGAUCCAGAAAAAAAACGUCUCAUUGUUCCCAUCGUGUCCACGUCUUUUCCAUCGUUACUCUCCUAAUUGGUUAAAAACAAAUCAGUGUUUAUCACGUUUUUAAAUUACAACCAAUUAAAAAAAAUAUAUUUAAGAACCAUGUUGAAUGAACCAAAAUUUAAGCCAUUUUCUAAAAUGCUGUAAAAUGUGUACAUUUGUUCUUCAAAAAAAAAAAAACUCAAUGUAUUUGUGCGUGGGAACAGAGGAGUGCCUACAAUUUCUAUUUGCUUUAAUAUCAUUGAUCUAUUUUCACCAAAUACCAAACUGUUGUGCAGAGAUAUCAAAUCAAAUGUGUAUCUGCUGUAAAUAAGAUGCGAUUUGUGAUUGUUUGCAGUUGUUCUGUAAAACUGUGUUUUAAUAGAAGUCUACCAAUAGAGCAGCGACCUCCGA